GUUUUGGAGCCCUCUCUUGCAUCAGAACACCACUGUAAUAAUCCUCUGAGUGUCAUCUCAGGACCUUGGUCACACUCAUGGCACGAUGGCCACCCCUCAGGAGCACCUGAGCUCCUUCUCUUCUCCACACUUACCCUUGAGUGAAAACAAAGCUUUCAACGGACCACAAGAUGAACUCACAACUAUGGGGAACCACCCUUCACCCAAGAUCCUCGAGGACCAGCAGGAGAAGGGGGUGGUACGAACAGAGCUAAUCGAGAGCGUGAAGAGCCCCAUCACCGCAACAGUGUUGACAAGCAUAAGCGAGGAUUCCAGGGACCAGUUUGAGAACAGUGUUCUUCAGCUAAGGGAACAAGAUGAAUCAGAGAUGGCUAUGUCUCAGGGGAACAGCAACACUGUGGAUGGAGAGAACAUAAGUGGAACUGAAGACAUCAAGAUUCAGUUCAGCAGGUCGGGCAGUGGCAGCGGUGGGUUUCUUGAAGGACUAUUUGGAUGCUUAAGGCCUGUAUGGAAUAUCAUUGGGAAGGCAUAUUCCACUGACUACAAAUUGCAGCAGCAAGAUACUUGGGAAGUGCCAUUUGAGGAGAUCUCAGAGCUGCAGUGGCUGGGUAGUGGAGCCCAGGGAGCUGUCUUCUUGGGCAAAUUCCGAGCGGAAGAGGUGGCCAUCAAGAAAGUGAGAGAACAGAAUGAGACGGAUAUCAAGCAUUUGAGGAAGUUGAAGCACCCUAACAUCAUCGCAUUCAAGGGUGUUUGUACUCAGGCACCAUGUUAUUGUAUUAUCAUGGAAUACUGUGCCCAUGGACAACUCUAUGAGGUCUUGAGAGCUGGCAGGAAGAUCACUCCUCGAUUGCUGGUAGACUGGUCCACAGGAAUUGCAAGUGGAAUGAAUUAUUUGCACCUCCAUAAGAUUAUUCAUCGUGAUCUCAAAUCACCGAAUGUUCUGGUGACUCACACAGAUGCAGUAAAAAUUUCAGAUUUUGGUACAUCUAAGGAACUCAGUGAUAAAAGUACCAAGAUGUCCUUUGCUGGCACAGUCGCAUGGAUGGCGCCAGAGGUGAUACGGAAUGAGCCUGUCUCUGAAAAAGUCGAUAUAUGGUCUUUUGGAGUGGUCCUGUGGGAGCUGCUGACAGGAGAGAUCCCUUACAAAGAUGUAGAUUCUUCAGCCAUUAUUUGGGGUGUUGGAAGCAAUAGCCUACACCUUCCAGUUCCUUCCACUUGCCCAGAUGGAUUCAAAAUCCUUAUGAAACAGACAUGGCAAAGUAAACCUCGCAACCGACCUUCUUUCCGGCAGACGCUCAUGCACUUAGACAUCGCGUCUGCAGAUGUACUUGCCACCCCACAAGAAACUUACUUCAAGUCUCAGGCUGAAUGGAGAGAAGAGGUGAAAAAGCAUUUUGAGAAGAUCAAAAGCGAAGGAACUUGUAUACACCGAUUAGAUGAAGAACUGAUUCGAAGGCGCAGAGAGGAACUCAGGCAUGCUUUGGAUAUUCGUGAACACUAUGAGAGAAAGCUUGAGCGGGCUAAUAAUCUGUACAUGGAACUGAGUGCCAUCAUGCUGCAGCUAGAAAUGCGGGAGAAGGAGCUCAUUAAGCGUGAGCAAGCAGUGGAAAAGAAGUAUCCUGGGACCUACAAACGACACCCUGUCCGUCCAAUAAUCCACCCCAAUGCCAUGGAGAAACUUAUGAAAAGGAAAAGUGUGCCUCACAAACCUGGGAUGCAGACCAAACGGCCAGAUCUGUUGAGAUCUGAAGGCAUCCCUAGUACAGAAGUGGCUCCCACGGCAUCCCCUUUGUCCGGAAGUCCCAAAAUGUCCACCUCAAGCAGCAAGAGCCGGUAUCGAUGCAAACCUCGUCACCGCCGGGGGAAUAGCAGAGGCAGCCAUAGUGACUUUGCAGCAAUCCUGAAAAACCAGCCAGCCCAGGAAAACUCACACCAUCCUACUCACCUACACCAGGCUCAAUCCCAAUACCCUUCUCUCCAUCACCAUAAUCUUCCGCAGCAGCAAUACCAGCAACCCCCUCCUGCCGUGUCUCAGAGUCACCAUCCCAGACUCAACAUGCACGGCCAGGACAUUGCAACCUGCGCUAACAACCUGAGGUACUUUGGCCCAGCAGCAGCCCUGCGAAGCCCACUCAGCAACCACGCUCAGAGACAGAUGCCUGGUUCGAGCCCUGACCUCAUCUCCACAGCUAUGGUGGCAGAUUGCUGGAGAAGUCCUGAGCCAGACAGAGGCCACGCUGGCCCCUAUGACCCCUGCCUCCAGUGCAGGCCAGAACAGUCUGGGUCCUUGGACACAUCCUCUACUGAGCCAGUGGGGAGGAGCCCCGACCUUUCCAAGUCACCAGCACACAAUCCCCUCUCAGAAAAUGCCCAGGGUUCUCAGAAAAUGGAAGAAAAUGGAUUCAACAGCUGCAGGUCUGCGUCAUCCCUUGGCACCCCUCAUCACAUCACUCCCCCAGUGCUACCUCGAAAAACAAGGCCUCUUCAGAAGAGUGGAGAUGACUCCUCAGAAGAGGAAGAAGGGGAAGUAGAUAGUGAAGUUGAAUUUCCACGAAGACAGAGGCCCCAUCGCUGUAUCAGCAGCUGCCAGUCGUACUCAACCUUCAGCUCUGAGAAUUUCUCCGUGUCCGAUGGAGAGGAGGGAAAUACCAGUGACCACUCAAACAGUCCUGAUGAGUUAGCUGAUAAACUUGAAGACCGCCUGGCAGAGAAGCUAGACGACCUGCUGUCCCAGACGCCGGAGAUCCCCAUUGAGAUAUCCUCGCACUCAGACGGGCUCUCUGACAAGGAGUGUGCUGUGCGCCGCGUGAAGACGCAGAUGUCGCUGGGCAAGCUGUGUGCGGAGGAACGUGGCUAUGAGAACCCUAUGCAGUUUGAAGAAUCGGACUGUGACUCUUCAGAGGGGGAGUGUUCUGAUGCCACAGUUAGGACCAAUAAACACUACAGCUCCGCUACUUGGUAAUGAAGGAAUACACGUCCUGAAGAUCUCAUAACUAUACUGGCAUUUCAAAUCCACCCCACCCCCAGACUCUUCCCACUCUCUACCUGCUUUCUGUCUGGGAAGAGAACUGCCCUAUCUUUACUACCCCUAGAAAUAAGCUGCAAUAACAGGAACAUGAGACUUCGCAAAUCUCUGGAAAAAAAAUAUCCAAAUGAAAUUAAGUCUCAUUGAACAUUUCAAUCAAGAAUGGCAGGGAUCUAUUUUAUUGAAUAUUCUAGCUACUGUAACAUUGAUAUUUAUUUUUGUUUGACAUUUUAACACUUUGUACUGUAAAGAGUGAACUAUAUAUGAUAUAGAGAAAGAUACAAUAAUUUCUUGCAAAAAAAAAAGAGAGGAAAGAAAGAA